AUGGAGUUUAUAACUCAAACAUACCAAAAAGCUGACACCAACUCCAAAUCCAUAGCUGCUAUCGAGAAGCAGAUUGCUCAACUGGCGGAGCAAAUUGGGAAAAGAGAAGAUGGCAAGUUUCCAAGCACCACAACAGUCAACCCAUCUCACACCCAAAGACCCGGAAAAGAGCAUCAAGUGAACGAGGUAAUCACCUUGCGUAGUGGGAAAAAGGUUGACAACAAGGUAAGUGCUCCUACCUUAGAUAAUGACAGUGACACUGAAGUCAUCUUUGACGAAAAAGAAGAGUUUGAGAAAGGUUUCAAAUCUAAAAAUCAAAAAGUAGUUAAGGGUAAAGAUGACUCUAAAGUUGGGGAGCAUGGUGUGGAGGUUAAUACCGCACCAUACCCUUCGGCUUUAGAGAAACCGGCAUCCUUCCCUUUUGGGAAGCGAGGGCCGAAAAUGGAAGACAUGUGGGAUUUAUUUAGUCAAGUUAAAAUAAAUAUCCCGUUAGUCAAACUUAUUAAGGAGGUACCUUCUUAUGCUAAGUUUUUUAAGGAUUUGUGUGUUCAAAAACGCAAACUCCAAGCACACCUCCCUAAAAAGAUUGACUUAACCGAGCAUGCGAGUUCCAUAAUAUCAAAUAAACCUCCACCCAAGCUUAAGGAUCCCGGGGCGCCUUUAAUUUCUGUUACCCUAGGUAAUAUUAAUAUCAAAACGGCGCUCCUUGAUCUUGGAGCUAGUGUUAAUAUAAUCCCAGGAAAUCUUUUUGAUCAACAUGACUUAGGCACUUUAGAACAAACUGAUAUUAUUUUGCGAUUGGCCGAUAAGUCAACAAAAAUUCCCCGGGGUAUAUUAUCAUAUGUCAUCAUUAAGGUGGAAGAUUUUUAUUACCCAGUUGAUUUUCUUGUUCUUGACACUGAAAGCACCUAUAAAGAAAGUCAACCUUUUAUUAUUUUGGGUCGCCCGUUUUUAGCAACAAUAAAUGCACAAAUUAAUUGUAGAACGGGUGCCAUGGAUAUCUCUUUUGGAAAUAAAAAACUUAGAAUUAAUAUUUUUAAUACGUUUCCUAACUCACCAUCAGAUUAUGAAUGUUAUCGUGUAGAUGUGGUUGAUGACUUAGUGCAUCAAUUCACUCCUAAAAUCUUACACCCCGAUCCGUUGGAGUUUUUUCUUUCUAAUGGCAGGGAUGAAGUUUUAGAGUUGGAUGACAUCAAGAUGGUUGAGGAGGCAUUUGAAAAUUCUAUUGAGCAAGAGAGGCCACCAUGGAGUUAUCAAGUUGAAAAAUUGCCAACAAGUUUUUCGGACCCACUUAAGCCAUCUUUGAAGGAGCCACCCACUCUUGAACUUAAAACUCUUCCUUCACAUCUUAAAUACUCUUUUUUAGGAUCUAAUGAGAACUUACCAAUUAUCAUAUCUUCUGAUUUGACAGGUCCACAGGAGGAAGCAUUACUGAAGGUGCUUUCCAAGUACAAGGGAGCAAUUGGAUGGACCAUAGCAGACUUGAAGGGAAUUAGUCCAGCCACAUGUAUGCAUCGAAUCAUCACUGAAGCUGGAGCAAAGCCAUCCCAAGAUGCACAACGAAGGCUCAACCCAAAUCUACGAGAAGUUGUUAAAAAGGAGGUGCUGAAAUGGCUUGAUGCGGGUAUUAUCUGCCCAAUAUCUUAUAGUGAUUGGGUGAGCCCGCCACAGACAGUGCCAAAGAAUUUGGGCAUUACAGUGGUAGAUACAGAAGAUGGAGAGAAGAUCUCAACAAGACUGGUCACUGGAUGGAGAGUUUGCAUCGACUAUCGCAAACUCAAUGCUGCAACAUCAAAGGACCACUUUCCUCUCCCUUUUAUUGAUCAAAUAAUUGAGAAAUUGUCCGGUAAAAAGUUUUAUUGA